AGGCCAGUCCCAAACUUGCCUUUGACAGGGGAUUCUUGAGGCUGACAAAGUCUCUGUGCCUCCCUCCAUCGAUCGCACUCGCCUUGCUCUGCUCUGUCCGGUCCGUCAGGAUGAAAAGGUCACUUAGGAUCACGGCACUCAUCGCCUGGAUUUGCAUCUCAUGUGCAGGUUCAAUGCAUAUGCUGACCCUUAGGAUUGGUGAAGACGCCACUCUUCCAUGUCAUCAAACCGGCUCUGCUGUGGAGUGGAAGGCCGAAACCUCAGGCACGCGAGGAAUGGAGCUUUUCUCCUCCCUCAAAGGCGAGACAAAGACCUUAAACAGUAACUACAGUACGCGCAUCAGUCUCACCUCGGACGGCUCUCUGGUCCUGUCGUCACUCAAGUGGUUUGAUCAAGGUCUCUACCAGUGUUCGACCGCUUCGGGAAGUCAGACGCCUACCAGGAUCAUUUACCUCCACACUUACCAGCCUCCCACCAAACCGGAGAUUACAAUGAUUCGAAAUCAUGUGAAAGUGGACGAUUCAGCUGAGAUGAUAUGCACUUCAGAAGAUGGCUACCCUGCGGGAAAUUUAACUUGGUACAAGAACGGGAGAAUCCUGGAAGGAACAGAAGAAGAUGUCAGCAUCAAGAACUUCAUCAUACUGGAUCAGAAGACACAGCUGUCUUCAAUGAAAUCAGUGUUGUCCUACACUCCUAGGGAGGUGGAAGAGGAGCUUAGCUUCAGGUGCCACAUUACCUAUGACAUCACCGACCCAAUCAGCAUUCAGGAAUCAGAUGAACGCACACUGGAGCUCAUCCAUCCUUUGAAACAUAUCACCCUGCUGUUAAACUCUGGUUUUGAUGAUGUCAGGGAAGGGGACAAGGUGACUCUGAAGUGUAAGACUGAUGCUAGACCACUGCCAAGCUUUGUGUGGACUAAAGACGCGGUGUACCUCGACGUCAAGAAUGACACAAUAGUCUUCCCUUCUAUAACAAAGAGAGAUGCUGGAGAUUACAAGUGCGUGGCUACAGAUGAGGAGUUCACUGAACUCAGUGGCUCGAUUUCAUUCACAGUAGGCGAAAAAAGACAGGAAACAAGAAUCAUUAAAAUUGCAAAUCUUGAUUCGUAUGAAGAGAUCCAGCCAGAAUCUUCUGUAAGCAGCUCAGUCAAUCGCUCUGGAAUGAUCAUUGGAGUUCUGGGGGCACUGAUCUUAGUAGCCUUCAUCCUGGCAGCUGUCUACUGGUUGUGCUACCAUCAGAAAAAAUCUCAAGGCUCAAAAGAAGAAAACGUAGUUCUAAAUGGUGUUGAGGCGGGUAAUGCAGACUUUGCAGAGGAUAAAAAUUGCACCAAGGAAUAUCUUGGUGAGAAAUGACUAAAACUCAAGAAUUAGUCAUUUUGCGGAUUUAUUUUUCCUUUACCAGCACUUACUACCAGCAACCACCUUCAGUUUGGUUUUUCAUUAUUGAUCACACAGAACACGAUUUUGUUUGUGGCACAAUCUGGAUGGUCUUGAGCACGUUCCAACAUGACGGUGGUCAAAUUUUUUCUUGCAUUCAUCCUAUAAACACUGAACAACAGGAUAACAGGCACUGAAGCAAAAGGAUUAUCAUCUUCUAUUGCUAUACUACAUUUCAUUUCAUAUUAUUUGUGUGAUGUUAAAUGUGAAUAUAUUAUAAAAUGAAAAAUUGUGCUCAAUGA